AUGCUUCCCGCUCUCUACGUCCGGAAGACGAUCUUGUGCGUGCUGCUGGCGAUCUACUGGGUCGGAGGCUCGAACGCGCAUCAUGGCAACAUUCGUCUCCGAGGAGGUGCGAGCAUCGACGGAAGCUGUGUGGUAGAUGUGACUAAGAAUGCUGGGAUCGGAAUCGGGCUGGGUCGAGAUAAGCUAGGUAACCACAUGGUGAAGAAGCUCAAGGAUGGCUGGCCUGCGCGUCUUAGCGGGCUGGUCUUCGAGAACGACAUCAUCCUAGAGGUCGACGAGCGGCCAGUAGGACCUCUGAGUACAACAGCUCUGACGCAGGAGCUGAGAGGGCCUGACGGAAGCGAGGUGAAGCUCCUCCUGCAGCGAGGACCUGAAGGUAGCCUCCAUGAUGUCUCCCUCGUGCGUGUGGCGCAAGGAGAGCCCGUGGCGAAGGAGAGCGAAGCAAGCCUCCUCUCGAGCACAAUCGCUGCCUCAUCCUCUAUCCUGAACGCGGCCUCGUCGAGCCUGUUGGGAGCCAUAAGCCUCAAGAGCGGACAGAGCAAGAGCAGCGCAGCCUCGGACGUGGGGAUCGGUGUGGGCUUCACCCUCGAUGAGAGUGCAAACUUCGUGGUGACGAAGCUGGUGCCGGGAGGGCCAGCAGCAGAGUCAGGCCAGCUGCAAGUAGGAGACAUACUGCUGUCUUGCAACGGCCUGUCGCUGAUCGACAUGAGCAUGAAAGACCUCGUGUCUCACAUCAAAGGAAGGGAGGGGACGACGGUCACGCUCGAGUUGCAAACGGAGGAAGGAGAGCUGAAGACCGCAGUCAUCACUCGUCGACCCCUCAAGGGCGUUCACACGGAACCAGAGCAGAAGAAGUCUUCCUCCCUCUUCAGCGCGCUCGGUGACAUCGGAGGGCUGGCGUCCUCCUCCAUCUCUUCCCUCAGCGCUACGGCAGGAGAUGCGUCAGCAAAGCUCUCUUCGUCGCUGUCCUCCCUGACCAACCUGAUGGGAAGCGUCUCGUUCACCAAGUCGACACCCGCACAAGCUGCUGCUGCUCGAUCCCCCCCAGCUGCAGCAGCCGCAGCGGCGUACAAGGGCGAAGGUGUCGGAGUCGGCAUUGGAAUUAAGAAGAAUCAGCAUGGAGACUUUAUGGUCACUGAGGUAUCGGGCAUGAGGUCGUCAGCGCUGAAGGAUCUGAUCUUCGGACCACCCAACACCAGGGCUGUGCUAUCCAUGUGCCGGUGGAGGUCUGUCCCUGGAAAACCGGAGGGAGAGUGGAAGGAACAAUUGCGUGUUGAGAUCAAGCGAGAGGCUUCGCAUCAGAUCUUGGAAGGCCGUCAAGCUCGCAACGACGGCGAGAAAGGAGCAUGGGCGAAGGACAUGGGUGCUGAGCCCAUGGCUCCUGAAGUAGAGAACGCAGUUGGUGUCCGCACAACCGCCGCCAGUCUUCAACCCAGCGAUGACAGCAUCGAGAGUAGCGCUAGGAUAUUCGCAAAAGUUGGUGUUGACGGUUUUCAAUGA